AAUGUUGUCCAGGAACAAGAACGGAGUCUUCCUAAACUGCGAAGCUCUAGGGCAGGCUUCGCCACACGGUCGACCUUCCAACCUGUGUUCAGUUGUAACUCGCCCUCCAGUACAUCCACCACGUCGCUCGCGCAGCUUCGCGAGAAAUUAACCAAAUUUACUCCAGUAAAUUUCACCAAAGUACCCGCAAGAAUCGCCGCCACCCCCGAGCUACCUAUACUCAUAGAAGAAGAAUACGACAAAUUAAGCAGCAGCGAACCAAAACGCCGCUGCGGGGUGUUGCGUAAUAUAAAGCAUUAUCAUAGCGACAGCGAAAUUCAAAUUGUUAUAAAAAAUACCAGAGAUCUUCAGCCUAUUGUCGAAGAACGUUCAGCUAACUUACUGCCAGCUUUAGAUGCUACUGCCAAUACUGACCAAUCAGCAAUCGUCGAGGCAUUCGAACAACUACACAAUAAGGACGCCCCAGUCAAUCUGGUUGAUUUGUUGGAAGAAGAGGCGCUAAACCACGAGCAAGACAAAGAUAGUGGUUUAAUAUCGGGUAAAGUUACACAAGAAAUUGAAGAGAUCGGAUAUACCACCGAUGACUCUGACGUCGUCGAUGAUACCCCUUGUUAUGACUACGAUUGGAGAAAAAGAUGCCGAAAUAAAAGUGACAAAACAAAUAAGAAUAAUAAUGAUGAAAAUGAAACUAUAAUUGAGAACACACACUUUUGCCAGCAACAGCAAGACAUAAUUCACUUAAUAAGUCUUGCUACAAUUAAGAGAAUCAGUGAAAGUCUUUCUCGAGACGAAGAUAGCGAAGAUGAUUGCUGUAUAAUCGAUGACAUAGAAAUAGUUACGGAAAAAGAAAGUGAACUCAAUUUGGCUGUUGAAGCAGAUAUUAUCGAUUGCGUCAAUUACCUAUUAGAUAAGGUCUCUAAUGAUAUUGAUACACAUGUUGAUCUACUGGUAGAACAGCAGCAACAAAUUGGUAUUUCGAGAGCUGUACAUAAUAUUGAUAAGACAAAUAAUACGUCUAAAAUACUGAAAAUGAAUAACAACACAUUAAAAUCACCCAAAGACAUAACAAACGAACUAAAUACUCCAGAAAAGAGCACUUAUCGGCAAAAAAAGGCUAAAUGUGUCAAGCCUCCAAAUAAUGUCGAAGAAGAUAGUGACUGUAAAUCCCCAAUGAAUGCCACAACACAAGUAAUUCAAAAAAAGCGCAAGCUUUAUUCACCCAAGGACGACGAUAAUGAAAACAAUGAAAUCCCUAGAUCCAGAAAAAAACGAAGACCAUCAAGUUCCACUGAAUCUCCAAUAGCGGCUUGCUACAAAGAAUUGGAGAACGCCCGCAAAUCUCGCAUAAGACUCCCUAGGAAGAGAGCCAGUACACAACCUGUAACUUCGCCUAAAACCAAGAAGUUGAACGAUAUGUUCGAUAUUAUCAAAGAUAGUGUUGUUAAUAAUGAGAAAAUAACGCUCGUCAAUAAGAAAAGUGACAAAGAUCUGUCGCUGUAUAAUAUGUCGAGUGAAAGCGAUGAUGAAUUAUUUCAGAAGAAAAAUACAAAAGUCCAAAAAUGUAUUAGUUUGUCCAGUCUAGAGUCCGUAACUAAACGUAGGAGAUCGGUGAAGCCCGUAGAUUACACUUCGUACUAUUCAUCACAAGACGAGUGCCAGAGGGUCGUAAAAAAAGCGGGUAAACAAACGAAACCCAGAAGCCGUAAAGCUAAAAUAACACAGAGGACUGACUUGAUUGACGAAAGAAUGAGAAAUGAUCAACCUGAAGUGUUAGAAACUUCCUUCGUCCAAGAAAAGGGCAAUAUGAAUGUACCCGAAGAACCUCAACCUUCGGUAAAUGUACCUGUUUUAGAAACCAUGCCUACUGGUGAUAUAUAUGAUGAGCCCAUAGUAUCGAGAAGUAAACCUCAAACACCUAAUAAACAGGAAAUAAAGACUGAGAAGAGCUUGAAAAAGAGAUGCGUAAAUCUCACAAAGCCAACUAUAACCAAGAGGAGCAAGGAAAUAAUUGCUGAUCAUUCACAUGAUGAGUCCAUAGUGUCGGGAAGGAAACCCCACACACCUAAUAAACAGGGAAUAAUCAAAAUUGAGACUGAAAAGAGCUUGAAAAACAAAUUCGACAAACUCACAAAGCCAACUUUAACCAAGAAGAGUAACGAAAUAAUUAAAAAUGUACCAACGGAAAGAGAAAGUGCAACGGUAAGCCCUCUACCUGGACUUGUGGUAGAAACAGUACCACCAAAAGAUGAAAACACUUCCUUAGACGCCAAUUUGCUUCAGAAACUCAUAAAGAUAUACACAGACUUGGGCGGCUUGAAUACGACCAGUGACACGCAACUGUCAGUCCCUGCUUACAAUCUACAAGCUGGGGAUAUACCAGAUGUAAAUUCGGAGAAAUCAAUAGAAACAGGCGGUCGAUCUCCCAUUACUGGCCAUAACGACCUUGAUGAAUCUCCACCAAAUUUGGACGCACUGAACGAGAGUUUCCAAUACAGAGAUAUAGAUGUUGAGGGCAAGAGCAAAUCCAUAACGGAGUUCCUGGUUAAUAUGAGGAGGGAGAAGUGCGCUGUAAAAAGCAUAUCGUGUCAUGAUAUUGAAUCUCAAAUUAAUCCCGUUUCUCCAAAAUCAAAAGUCAGUGCUUCAACCGUAGUUUUGACUAGAAUGUCUUCUGAAGAUAUAGAAAAAUUAGUAACUCCCACCCAAUCAAGCACCACUAAAUCAUUACCUGUAAUCGUUCUAAAGAGGAUUUCUCCUGAUGAAAUUGACAAGUGGCUUCCUAUGCCAAAAACGAAAGAUAUUAUCGAAAUAGAACCAGAGGUAGGCCCUAGAAAAACCCUAGCAAGACGAAAAUCUGUAUUAAAACCUUGUAUUUCAUGCGAAAGCAUUUACCCAGUGAAAUUAAAUUUCGAUACCGUAGAUCUUACAAACAAAACUAGUAUUAGAGACACUAGAAGUAACAGGACAGUCAGAAGCAGAACUCGAUCUUCCGUCAAAACAGUUAAAUCUCGCUCAGAUAUAGAAAAAUUAAGAACAGAAGGUGUCGAGUCUUUGGCAGAGGAAGUAAAUGACCAAGGUAUAAGCAGUCAAGAAACUGUGGGCAAAUCAGCUGAGACAAAAAAUAUAUCUAAUGAGAAGACUGUUGGGUCUACUGUAGAUCAGUCAGAAAUGGGUAGUAGUGUGGCUAGCGUCCAGAGCUGGCUAGAGAAGAAUGCAGAGGCGGGGUCAUCGAAGAAAGGUGAUAAAUCAAUAAAGAAAACUAAAGAAAUACUGUACGAAGAGGUGAUGGAGGUUUUGAACACCCGCUUGGUGGAAAUCAAUGAAAGAACUAAUGAAGCGAUGCAAGCGGCCGCCGUAAAGGAUCAAGAAGAGCUGAAAUGUUUGGAAGAAUGUAUCGACAGCCUUAAAGAGCAAAUCAACGCAUACAGGAAGAACAAAAUGGAUCGUGCUUGCUCCCUCAUACGUGCGGACGCUGAGAAAAAGGCACUAAUGGUGUUACUUCUGAAGGAGGACAUCGAGCGAGGUUUAAAAUAUUAAAUAUAAACAAAAAUUCAUAUGAAAUGAUUAAAAAAACAAACGUAGCACUUAUAUACCUACGUAAAACUUAAAUACCUUUUCAAUAACCCCAUAAAUGAUACCCCACAUUAUUUUUAUAUGAAUUUUUGUUUAUUGUUAAGUGUAACAAUAAACAAAAUAUUUUUUAAUAAAACGCUUUACAUCGCGUUGGAGUGGUGACAUAUUUUUGUGUUUCCCUCGGUGGCAAUAUUGCCGUUACUGAAUUUCGUUAAUUUAGUUAAUACCAUUUUUGUUAUGUACCUACUCGUAUAAGACUUAAGGCGUUUUAUUUUAAAGAACAUUGUUUUUAUUAAAUUUUUUCGUUGGUAGGUACCUUUUUCGUUUAUUUUAAAAAUUAUUUCAUGUAGAAAUUCGUUUAUUAUUACAUAAUUUUACCGUUAGUUAAAUUCGGCUUUUUUGUUGAUGAAUUUUAUUGAUUGUUAUGAUGUAUCUUAGAAAACAAUGAAAACAUAUGUUUUUUUUUAUUGAUGAAUUGAUUGUUAUUUUGUCUAAGUAUAUUAUAGUUGUAAGUGUUACUCAUGUAAAAGACUGAGUAUAUUGUAGUUAAAUUCCAUUAAUGAACCAAAAAAAUAAAAUGCA